AUGUUUCCUGACUUGGAAAAAUUUGAUGCGGCUAUGAUAGAGCUGGAAAUGUAUAAGCAUGCUAAGGGCUUUCUCUCUUCUAGGGCUGCUAUACAAAGCAUAAAGACAAUUCAACCAGCUGCAUGGUGGGCUUCUUUUGGAGAUGAAAUACCAAAUUUAAGGUGGAUGGCGGUGCGUAUUUUGAGCCAACCAUGUAGCUCAUCAGCUUGUGAGCGUAAUUGGAGUGUGUUUGAACACAUACAUUCUAAGAAACGCAACCGCCUAUCACAACAACGACUGAAUGACUUGGUAUUUGUUCAUCACAACCUCCGCUUGAAGAUAAGGAAAGCUCAAGGAACUAUUGAGGAAUGCUUGCCAAUUGACCUCGAUGAGAUAUAUCCAGAGUGCGAGUUGAUUACUGCUGAUGAUGCUGAUGAUGAUGAUGAUGAUGAUGUUGAUGAUGAUUAUGUUGUUGCUGAUCGUCCGCUUGUGUCUGAAGAUUUUGAUAUCAUGAGGCAAGCCAACUUUCGUCCUGAAUGGGUUGAAGGAAUUAGGACAGGCUCUUGCCCAGGAGCUUCAUCAUCAGGGCCUCCUGCCCUCUAGCAUGUCAUUGCCUACAUUUGAGAUUUUGGAAUUUUGUACUUAGUUUACAGGUUGACUUUGUUCAAAGUCACAAACUAUAUUGUAAUUGACAUUUUGACAUCUAUCACCAUCUAGAUAUUAUUUAUGGUGUAGUAUAUUUUGUGGAACGUAAUCA